AAUGACGCCAAAUGUUUGCGGUCGGAUCUUAGGUCAUUAGGUGGUUAGGUUGCUGAGGAGCUACUUUAGCUAGCUAAACGUUAGUCUUCUGUCAACUGCCCAACAUUUAUAAACGUAGAAUCUCCACUAUAGCUGUUAUGUUUUGACCAAACUUCCUAAUCCUACAUUAGGUAUUUUUUUAAGACGACGGAGCAGCCAGCGAGCCACCGACCGUAGGGAGAAUGUCGAGACGUCUGGCCUUCCAGACCCAGCUGGCCUCCAUCAUGGAGGUCCUGGCUAACGCAGCAGUGGCGGAGAUCUGUAAGCUGGUAGACGACGACUACGCCGUGGUGAGUUUACAGAUGUCCCAGUGCCAGAGAGAGAACAAAGCCCUAAAGAGGAAGCUGCAUUUGCUGGAGCUGAAGAUGGCCCGGGGAAACGCCGAGAGGAGGCUCCGGGAGAGCGCCAUGAACAUCAGCCGAUCCAGGGUGCAGAUAAACACCACCGGGGGUGUGUUUGAGCGACGGAUGGAUGUGGCUCUGUGGUCUGGUAGAGUUGCUGCAGUGGAUGCAAGCAGCGAGCCGAUUCAUUUUGACAGUGUCCAGAGUAAGUCUCCAGACGUGGAGCUGGUGGAGCCAGAGCCAGUGCUGGUAAAGGAGGAGAGGGUGGAGCCAAACAUGUCAAGAGUUGAAGAAAGAGAGGAAAACGUGCCGCUUAUCAGAGAUGAUGGAGUGUUGGAGUGUGUCCCUUGUGGACCUGUGAGACCCAGCGUUGACCAGCAGGACAACAAGUCCACUUCCUGUCAGACCUGGUCCCAGACCCAGAGCAGCAGGACAAGGCAUGCCAGCAGCAGCAGAGGAGUGGAGAAGGAGGAGGAGCCGGAUGUGGUGCUGGUGAAGGUAGAGGAGGUGGAGCCGGUGACGGGGACUCAGAACCACACAGGCCUCAGCAUACAAGAGGUGGCUAGAGCUGACAGAGGAGGGUUGGUGGAGUCGAGCACCGACGACUGUAGAGCAGUUCUGCCAUUUGAUGAAAUCCCAGAAACCUCCACCAAUCGUCUGUCUGACCUGCAGGAGUCUGGGCGGGGCUUCUCAGAGGUCAGCCAAGGGUGUUCUUCGCUGUGGACUAACGGGGGGGGUAGUUAUUUUCAUGACGACAGCCUCCCAGGGCCGUCCUCACACUGCACCCCCCUCUCAUACCUGCCCACCACACUCAUUGGAGCAGAUCCAGGCAGCUCUGGGAGGGGAUUGGCUGUUGAGAAUUUAGCAGGAAGGGGGUUGGCUGCCGAAAGCUCUGGAGGCUUCCACACCUCUGUGUCCUUUCAGCAGCAGCAGCCUCCUGUUAUCGAUCUGUCAGAGGAGUCUAGCCCCAGCCAGGUUUUAGGUCAGAUACAGGGGGCCCAGCAGUUCCUGGACCCAGGACAAAGUGCAGGCCAGGGCAGUCAUGGCAGCGCUGAUAUGCAGCAGAAAAUCCCCAAGAAGAGGGUUUGCAUCUGUAAGUUCUGCAGUAAAGGGUUCAGCUCAGCGGCAAAUUUAGAAUCCCACCUUAGGACUCACACAGGAGAGAGGCCGUACGGCUGCAGCAUCUGUGGUAAAAAAUUCUCCCAGUUCUGGAACCUGAAGAUCCACAGGAACAUCCACACCGGUGAGAGGCCGUACCAGUGCCCGCUCUGCCCCGAGAGGUUCUCUGACCCUAGCAACCUGAAAAAACACCAAAAGAGACACCACCCGCAAAUGUCUGCAGCACCUCAGCCGACGCCUGUGAUAUCGCAAGAGCCCAGCAGUAUGAUGGCAGUCCAGCUGAGGGUCCCAGACACCAACACACCCGCCAACCCAAAAACACAACAGCAGCAGAGAUCCAGCAACAACAAUCCUCUCAGCUCUGAAUACUCUCUGUUUGAACUCGAGACAUUCUUCACCCGUUGGGCCCCUGAUAGUGACGCGGCCGGCAGUGGCCCUUCAUGUCCUUUUACCACUGAUGACCCAGCAGAGAAUGACCAGGAUGAUGUUAUUAUUGAAGGGCAGAGUUUCUCCUCUGUUCAGAUCCAGCCGUCUGUGUCACAAGGCCUGUCAGCAGAGCCUUCUGUGUCCAUACCUCUGAGGAUGCAGGCUCCAGCCUCCCAGCCUUCAUGGAGCAGAAAACCAGUCAUGAUCAGAAGUGCACAGGCUCAACUGCUGCAGCAGCAUCCUGAUAGCAACAGGGUCUCUCAGCAACAACACAGCAUUCCCUCUGCACAGACAGCACUGUCCUCCACCACAGCUGCUGUCAGUCACACUCACAGUGGUCAUAAAACAACUACCUCUGGUAUCAGCUCAAACAGUAGGACUAUGAGCUCCAGAUCUGUCAGGGGAUCCACAGCAGCGUUGGCCAGCAUUGAGGUGGCAAUUGCUGCGCAGCAUCGAGCCAACCUCUUGGCUCGCCACAAUAAAAGCCAGGCUGCCAGCAUGGUGCCCAGCGAGCGCCGCAGGAAGAGCUACGUAUGCCGAGCCUGUGGUAAAGCUUUCUCUGGUCUGUCCAAUCUGGAGGCCCAUGAAAGAGUCCACACGGGGGAGAAACCUUUCCACUGUGACACCUGCGGUAAACGCUUCUCAGAGGCCGGGAACCUGAAGAAGCAUCAGAGAGUUCACACCGGGGAGAAACCUUUCAGCUGUGAAAAGUGUGGGAAGAGGUUCGCCUGGAUCUGCAACCUGAGGACGCACCAGCAAUCUGCCACAGGCUGCGGACCACAGGCUAGUGGGGGGCUAGGACUGGGCUGUUAAUGCCAGCUGGGUUUUAAUUACACCAGGGGUUGAUGCAUAGACGGUGUAAGGUUCAACCCAGGAGAAAAGAUCCGUUGAUUCGCUGCAAGGUUGUGCAGCAGUGGGAGUGUCACUCAAAUGGCAUUUGCGUGAUGUCACGUUGCGUUCUUUAACACCCCAUUGUAGCACACGUAGACUUUUUAUUUAACCAUUAUUGUUUUUCCGUCAGAUUGUUUAUAGAUCUCGACAUUUCCUGGCAUACUUGAAGGCAGCUUCAUUUUACAGAGAAAGAGAAAAAGAACGGAGAGACGGAGGGACUGUGUUUUUUGCUGGAGCUUGUUGCAGGAAGCAGUCAGCUGUAACACAUCUACUGGGCAGUUCAGUGCUUGUUUAGUUUUUUUUUUUUCACCCUCGUAAGUGUUGUAAAACUUUCUUGUGGCAGCGAAAGAGGCAGUGAUGUUUCCUGUGCUGUAUUUCACACAGCCUCAAAACAGACCGAGCGUGCACUCACACUGACUGCGCUGGGGGCCCGCAAAAAAGUUGAGACGGAUUCAACUUUUGGUGAAACCUGACGUGACGCUGCGGUGGCCAAUCAUGUAACCGAUCACACUUAUCGUUGUGUUUUGAGGGGGUGUGAGAGUCCCGUACAGUAAAGAGGAAACAUCACUGCUUCUAUCGCUGCCACAAGAACGUUUUAAAACACUUAUGAGGUUGAAAACAAAACGCAACCACUGGAGCUGACUGUCUUCUGCAACAACUAAGCACAGUCGCUUCGUCUCUUUACUUUCUCUCUGUCUCUGAGAUUUUUAUUUCAUUGUUUUUGUUUACUUAAAAGGGACAAUGCACAUCAAUUGACAUUUUUAGUUUACACUCAAAAUGUAAAUGUGCCAGCAAAAAAGUGUUAGCAAAAAAAAACAAAUUUUCAUCUGUAGUCCCUUGGCAGGUCAACACAUCAUCAUAUUACAUUAAUAAAAAAGAAUGCAAGAAAGAUAGAAAGCAAAUUAAGAAAGAAGAGAAAAGAGAGAGGGACAAAAAAGAAGUAAAAUACAAAGAAGGGCAGUACCUAGGAUGAGGUAAACCAGCUAUUGAUGAUUGCAGUUUUGAUUGUUUUUAAUCCAUCUUUUGAGUGUGGUUUUAAAUGACAGAUAGCUGGUGCUUUCUCUGAGUUCAAUAGGAAGGCAGUUCCAAUAAUUUGAGGCCCGUACUGAGAAGACUGUUUGGCCAAACUUACUAUGUCUAUACUGUACAACACUGUUUCCCCUGGUGGAAAUGAGGCAGGCAUCUAGAUAAUGUAAAAAACUGUCAAAAUUAAAUAGGUUGUAUUUAGUACUGAUAUGGCAGUGGUGAUAGCUGAUAGGUUUUUGAUCUAGUGUUUUUAAAGUUAGCUUAUAAAGGGUUUCUAUUGAUUUAAGAGUUGUCAUGUUUGCUUGGGACCAGCCUGUGAAACAGUAUGAUAUGUGGGAAAAGAUCAUGGCAUGCAUAAAAAGUUUGGCUGCCUCUGUGGUUAGAUAUGGCCUUAUGUGUCUAAAGUUAGCCAGAUUAUAUCUGAUGGUCUUAGCCACCUUUUUAACAUGCUUUUUAAAAAUUUAAUUAGAGUCUAAAAUGAUACCAAGGUAUUUAAAAUCAGACACAACCAUACGUUUUUCUCCUUCAAUAAAGACAUCAGCCUGCUGUUUGUUUUUGAUAUGCAAAUAAAGAACUAUCAUCUGCAUAUAUUUGUAUAUUAACAUAUGGACAAACUGAAGAUAAGUCGUUAAUGUCCAGGCUAAACAAGAUAGGGCCCAGUACCGACACCUGGGGUACACCAAUAUUACAGUUGAGGUAUGAAGAGUAAGAAUUACCAAUAUGUACACUCUGUUUCCUGUUAUUUAAGUAGGACUCCAUCCAUUUCAUGGCCUCAGCUUAGAAAUUAUUAAUUUCACCCUAGGGUCCUUUGCACCAUGACCUCGAGCUAGGACUGGGCGAUAUGGCCUAUAAAUAAAA